UCUCGCUGAGCUCCAUCGAAAUUUUAGCCCACCAGCGUCCAGCUAGCGGUUGCCUCAUCGUUGGCGAAGAGGGAGAAGCAGAGCCAACGCCAGGACAUGUGACCAGCCAGCUCCGAAGAAGAGGGCCCAUAGACGUGUGUGACUACCCCCAAGCCAGCCUUGCCUCGUAUCCAACCGCCUCCUCGCCAUCGCCUCCCACCAUGUCGACGGUCAAGAAGCCCAUCAAGCUCCCGCCAUUGCGCAACCUGCGCGUCCGCAACCCGAUCCAGAAGGAGGUCAACCCUUGCCUCAGCGUCAUGCAGUCUGUCCUGGCGUGCUGGGCCUCGGCAGGAUACACGGCCGCGGGCUGUCUGGCGCUCGAGCAGCAGCUCCGGGAAUGCGCCGACGGCCCCCAGCAGACGGUCAAGAAACUCAACCCCAUCAACCACCACCUGUCAAGAAUGCAACAGAAGAUGGGAGCGAGGAAAAAGAAAUAGGCGAUAUCCCAAAGGCUUGUGAUGGGUUGAGAGCUAAGCAAUGUUGCUACUCUAUCUGGCGAUUGAUGCCAAACCUGUGCCUGAGAACUUGAUUGGGAUCUCUGUUUAUGUCGCCAUGAACCAAGGAACAUACCUUGAAACAAGUGGCGCCUCUGGAAAUACGAUGCGAUUCUCGAGCGCUGGAAGAUAAAGGCGGAUCAGCCCUCGCUAAGGUUGUGUCAUCACCGGUGGUCAAGGCAUCCAGCUCACACGCCAGAACCUCGUCGAACAGUCGUAUCAAUGAUAAACAUGUACAUAUACAUAAAACUGCAGCGAUAUCUACUUCCGAAAGCACAACAGGUGACUGAGCAGUAGGCAUGCCUCUAUCACAAAAUCAAAACAACCAAUACACGCUCUAGGCCCAGGGACGCAUCAUCCAGCGCACUUCGAAAACAAAUCGC